UGCAAUUUCAUACAUAUGCAGGUCAUGGCUCGCAUUUGGCCAGUUUUGUUGGUGGUAUUGCAGUAUUUCAGUGUGCCGGUGGAUGUAUGCCAAAUUCCAGAGGAAAAUACACGCUUGACUCAGUCUUUGAAUCUAAAACUGUUGAGGUCUACACUUGAUGUUUCUGCUGAGCCCAACCCUAGUGUCUAUGUUGGACUUCGUCUCUCUGAUGAUCAUAGCCUGGUGAGAGAGGAAGAGUAUCUUGAAAGGCUGAAGGUGUCUCUUAAGACCAUUACAAGCACAAAAGGACAAGACCAAGAGAAGUUAAGUACAGGAAUUCUAGCACUUCAUUUAUUGGCAAUGAAGUCUUCAUGUGAGGACAUGAAUACUCCAGAAAGAAAGAAGCUCAUCACGCAACUUAAACGCAAACUUCACGAUGAGAAGACACAUCUAGUUUCCCACAACAAUCUCAUUUCCAAUCACUACCAGUACAGUUUAGGGAUUCUCACGCUGUGCGUUAAUGACAAGAAGGUGGAUAAUCAUGUGGUUUAUCAUCUUCUACAAGAAGAAUUGAAUAAUAAAUUUGUCCAUGGCGACACAAUCUCCAUAGAUACAGAGGCUAUGGCAGGUCUAGCCUUCCUGUGUUUGAAGCGUUCCAAGCUGUACACUGCAGACUUGAUGGUAAAAAUCAGGAAUGGAAUCACAAAUAUCAAGCAAAAGAUUAUAAACUCCAAAAACACAGAUGGAUCCUUAGGAAACAUUUACAGCACUCCCCUUGCUGUGCAAUUCCUCUCUGCUUUGGGAACUUCAAAUGAUGAGAAAGAAUGUUCCCAAGCAAUUGGUGCACUACUGGAUGCAAUGAAAAAGGGACAGUUCUCUAAUCCUAUGAUGAUGUCACAGCUAAUGCCUGUUUUGCACCAAAAGUCUUAUUUGGAUGUUACAAAAACAGAUUGUACCAUCAACAAAAGCACUCUGUAUAUAAACCUAAGUUUCUGGUACACUACCUGAUGUUCCUGUGGGAGAAGGCACCAUUAAUGUUUUCUUAACAUUGGAAAAGUCCUCAGAUCUGGUGCAGGAAUUCACACAGUCUAUUGAUGUCCCAGUACAAUCAUCUCUUCUGGACAUCUUGAAAACCGCACAAAAGCAGAAUUCCACAUU